AUGUUCGAGCAAUCGAACGUUAGUACGACGUUUCAUGAUGUAUAUAUACAAGCACUUUAUCCAUCCUAUGAAGCAACAGCUCUUGUUUAUUGCAAAAAUACUCAAUAUCCUACUCCUCCUACUAACGAGAUCAAAUGGCGUCGUGCAGAUUUACAAACAUUCCUCAUUCAUUAUUUCCCACACUAUCAGGAACAACCACAAGCUUUGGAUCAACUGUACGGCUCACUUUUAACCAAGAUAAAGAUAAAACAAGGACGAGAUACUAAUGAAGAGAAGGUGAAGGACGAAGAGGAGAAGGGUACGAGGUUAUUACUAGACAAAAGAAUGGAUGAAGAGACUGCUGAUGCUGAUGAUUCUGAAGAACUUGUGGUUACAUUUGAUAUUCUCAAGAAUGUACUGAUAGAGCAGUAUCAAAGUACACGACUUGCUGAUAAAGAUCCUUUUCCACUUGAAUCUUGGAUGAAACUUAAGUCAAGACGGCUUUCAGUUUGGAUACCACCAUUUGUUCCAGGAUCAACUACUGGGACGAAUAAUCAUACAAUGGUUGAUACCAUGUCUCAUUCUGUACUGUGUGAAUUCCAGGCAGAGGUAGUGAAAAAAUCCAAAAGCUGGUUAACAAGAGGGCGAGUACGUCAUUUGAAGCUACGCUGGGGAGUACUAGAAAUGCACAAGCGCAGUCUCACUGUAAGACCAUUUCGUCAUCGCUCAUCAGGGACUAAUCCUAGCGCUUCAAGCACCCGUAGCCGCGUGAUUAAUACCUCAAGUACUACUUAUCCUACGACUUCCACGAUAGAAGGAGCUAAAAUUGCCAACACAACGACGUACUAUCUACAGGAUCUAGUAUCGAUGAAACUGGAGCACAUGUGCGAUGGAGAAUCUACUUUUGCUCGUAAGGCGGUGUUGACGCUGAAGUUUCAGAGAAUGGUAGCACCAUUGUCCAAUAGUCAUAGCAAUCUUAGUGCCACGGCCGCUCACGAUAUUAAGACGCUAAUACUAGGAAGCGCUGAAGCGUCAGCGACGCUUUCUUCAGUGCGGGACUACGUCGCUACGUUUGCGCUUUAUCUGGAGCUUUCACGACAAGACCGCCUGCCAUCAAUGGCCAAGAUACGUCGAUAUCUUGCUGCAGGGGCCAUGGUGAACGUCCAUGUCCGCAUUCCUCGCACGUUUUCGUCCAAAGCCUUGAAAGAAGGGUUUAGGAGACGAAGUCAGACCAAACAGCCGCCGUUGGGAACGAUGACAGCUCUACAGCUUGCAUUCCUGCAAGAUCCACGAGUGUCCAGUUUUGAGAGCACGAUUGAAUUGCUACUCAGCGCCGAUGCAGAUCCGAGCAGUCUUUUGUACUGGAACAACGCGACGCAGGUCGUUUUCUUUCUGCCAUCUGCUAGUAGUGGUUGUGAAGAGAAGAGUAAGAAACAUCAUGAAAGGUGGGAAUUACGAAAACGCCUACUCCUUCUCAAUAAGGUAAAAUGCGAUGGUGAUGAAAGUGCAAUAUUUUCGUGCUUCAAAUCUCAGGCUGACGACGGGGCUCGAUGGAAUCUGCUCAUGUAUUUGUGCUGGCUUGGGGACGUCAAAAGUGUAAAGCAACUGCUCGUUGUGACGGGGGCUGGAAUCACUCGAGGAAGCCAGGUCAGGUCAUCAGGGCGACAGCAAGCGACCUGCCUCGGCCAUAUCAAUGCGACAGGCGAUACGGCGCUUCAUGUUGCCAUUAAAUCCGGACACGAGUCGGUGGCAUUAUUGCUUGUGGAAGCAGCACUCUCAGUUAAUGCUCAGGCGCUCCAUCAAUGUGAUGGGCGAGGCGAACCUGUGGUCCAUUUAGCACUCAUCGCGCACCACUGGCGCGUCGUAGAUGCGUUGGUGACUGGUGGUGCUAUUGAUCCUCGAUCUUACGAUGCUGUGAGAAAUACAGCGCUACAUCUUGCAAUCGAACUACGAGCACCCUUGGCGCUUAUUGCACGUCUCAUUCAAGUGUAUCGCCACUCACCUCCAUCUGCAGGUCUCGACGGGCGAGUUGGUCGACGUGGAAGCAAUGACACCCCACUAUCAUUGGCAGUCAAGAGCGGUCAACAAGAAGUUGUUGUCCUUUUGCUUGCUUCCGGCGCCUCUCCUUCGUGUCAGAUUGUCAAUGAUGCGAGGCAUUUACCGAAAAGCAAGAAACUCGACACGAAAAGGGGUGUUGGAGAAAAAGGGCUUAUCGGGAACAAUGAUAGCGCUCUUCACGUUGCAAUCAAAGCAGGGAUGGAGCUUGCUGCAGCGGCACUGAUUGCUCACAGAGCCGACAUUUAUGCCGUUGACUCCUGUGGUGCUUCGUCCUUGGCACUUGCAGUUCGCCACGGAUUGUACGCGCUAGCUGUAGCCCUCGUCGGCCAGCAUCAGAAGAGACAAAGUCAUGCAUCAAGUAAGCAUUGGUGGGUUGAUGGUGAAACAGGCAGGUCUGUGGUGAUGCUGGCCUUCCAAGCCGGGCAGCUUGAGCUAGGAGCUUUUUUGCUUGAUUGUAGCCUCCAUGACCAGGACAGCCAGCGUCAAAUAUAUUUUGCACAACUUCUUCCUAUGCUGGUGCAGACAAGCUCCUGGAUAGAAACUUCAUAUAAUAGUGACUCUGGUGGCUGCACCGUUGCGCAAUCAGAUGUAAUCUCGAUUAAAACCAGAGGCACCAGGGACUGCAAGGUCAAGAUUGAUGGGUCUUUGGAGGAGAGAGCGUAG